UGGGAGCGCAGGGGUGGAGCUAGGGAUGACGCGGCGAGUCAUCCCCCUAAGCCCCGCCUCUAGCGACGUCUUCUAAUCGCGUUUUUCCGGCCGGUCCCUUCUCUUCUCCUUUCCUCCGCCAUCGUGUGCUGUACGCCUCACUGGGCUUCUCGCCAUGUCUUCUCACAAGACUUUCAGAAUCAAGAGAUUCCUGGCCAAGAAACAAAAGCAAAAUCGUCCUAUUCCUCAAUGGAUCCGGAUGAAAACUGGUAACAAAAUCAGGUACAACUCUAAGAGAAGACACUGGAGGAGAACAAAGCUGGGUCUGUAAGGAUUCACACAGUGGCGAGACUGAAUUGGGGUCAUCAAUCCAGUCCUACCAGAUGGAUUUCAACAUUUUUAACAUGGAGUCUUGCUCUUAAUAUGAAGUCUUAAGAGUGUCCAGUAAUAAAAUAUAGAACCUUUCAAACUGC